AGAGAAUGGUUUUCUAGAGCAAUUCAAGAAUAUUUUCGACAGUGUCCGGCUAGAUGAUGGAUUCCAGGUGUUUCAGACAGGAUGGGACAUUCGUGGAGUUCCCUCCGCAGUCAACAGGAGUGUACUUCUAGAUGCAUUCAAAGAUGGAGACCACAUGAGUUUCUGGGGCUCCGACCAGAACACAAUCCUUCUCACAGAUACAUGUUAUAACCGUGGCUACAUGACAAACUCCAACUGCAAAUACAGUGGCGAUUGUGACAAGUUAUCCAAGCUUGAUAAUACAGACUACAAUUCUAUGUAUUCUGUGCUGCCCAACAAAUGGCCAACGGCCACGUUUGUGCCUCUUGUCCUAGCUGCCACAGUAAUGCCGUGUGUUUGGCUAGUGGAUGUCAGUGCAAGUCUGGCUUUUCUGGCAAUGGACAAGUUUGUACAGAUAUCAACGAAUGUGGGGCUACUCCAAGCCAUGAAAAUGCCACGUGCACGAACUUCGCGGGGGGCUUCAAUUGCUCCUGCAAGGCAGGAUAUAAAGGAGAUGGACAGCAGCUUUGUUUGCUAGCUGGAUGUUCAAAUGUGAUUUUAAUGCAAAAUGCGUCGGUGAUACCAGUUGUGUAUGUAAAGCUGGAUACACUGGCUCUGGGGAAGUGUGCACAGAUAUUGACGAAUGCGCGGUAGGGACUUCCACAUGUGACUCAAAUGCCGUCUGUUCGAACACUGCUGGGGGGUACACAUGCGCCUGUAAGGAUGAAUACACAGAAAAUGGACAAUCCUGCUCAGGUCGGAAUUUCCACAUCCGAUUGUACUACUGUCAACUUGCGUCUUCAAGCGAGACUUCAUCCAUCAACAAUCUAGUUAUGCUCAACGCCAUGUUGCUGUGUUUCUGGAGAAUGUGAUUCACUGAGGAGAGCCUAACGAAGCCAUGACAUUUAAUAAGGGUUAUUCAAAUGAUAAGGUUUUUAAUACUUGUAAUAUGUUCUAAAGAUCUCCCCAACUUGCCGCUAGGCAACAACAAAACUGCACAAAUCCAUUGACGAACGUCGAUAAAAUUCUUCCUUACUCAGGAUUUUCAAGUCAUUUUUAUACAGAUGUAUUUAUGCCUUUUUAUCGUUAUUAUUUAUUUUAAACUCGAAUAUAAAAUAAUUUGAAAAAUCUUAAAUGUUUUGUAAUAUGAUAACUGACGCAUCGUAUAGUUAUUUCAUUCUCUUCUUUUAUCAUUAAAAUUAUUUUACCAUGCA